UUUUUUUUUCUCCAAAUUUGUACUGCCUCAUCCUCCUCCUCCUCUAAUUCCCCAAUUUUCCCCCGAGUGUUCCGUCUGAAUUCAAAUGUGAAAUUAGGGUUUAUAGUACUCCUGUAAUUUGAAAAUUAGGGUUUUUUUCUUGAAAAAGGAAGAUAGUUUAGCAACUUCAUUUUCAAUUUAAGUUGCUGUACCUGGUGAUUAAUUCAUAGUCCGAAGCAGCUUUACAUCUCUGAAGCAUCCAGAGCAAUGGCUCAAUCUAAUAAUAGCGUCGCUGGAGUUGACAACACUUUCCGCAAGAAAUUCGAUCGAGAAGAGUAUUUGCAACGUGCUCGCGAACGUGAAGAAAAGGAGGCAGAGACGAAGUUCAAAAAAUCCAAAGGUCCACCAGUGCAGAGGAAACCCUUGAAGCACAGAGAUUAUCAAGUCGACCUUGAAUCUCGAUUAGGAAAGACUCAGGUUGUCACUCCGGUUGCACCCCUAAGCCAACAGGCAGGAUACUACUGCUCGGUUUGUGAAUGUGUAGUAAAAGAUUCAGCAAAUUACUUGGACCAUAUUAAUGGGAAGAAGCAUCAACGAGCUCUGGGUAUGUCUAUGCGGGUGGAGCGGGCAUCCCUGGAGCAGGUCCAGCAGCGGUUCGAGCUUCUCAAGAAACGGAAAGACACUGUAGGGUUUACUGAGCAAGACUUUGAUGAGAGAAUCUUGAAGCAGCAGCAAGAAGAGGAGGAAAGGAAGCGCCAGCGCCGUGAAAAAAAGAAAGAGAAGAAGAAAGAGAAGGCUGUAGAAGAGGAACCUGAAUUAGAUCCUGAUGUUGCGGCUAUGAUGGGCUUUGGGGGAUUUCGAUCUACCAAAAAGUGAUGGUGCGCAUGAUUCGUUUGCCUGUUUAUAUCACCUUCAUCUGAUGUAUUCCUUUUGAGCUUCUUUGUCUUGCUUUUGAACUGCUCUGAUUGUACAAAAUUGAAGGUUUUGUCAUGGAAAGCCUGUGCAACUUGGUCUGCAAACUAGCUGGGUUGGCAAAGGAGGGUGUUCUAUGAGAUUGUCUAAUUCUAGUUUAACAGACAGCAAAUCCGAAUGUAACUUGAGUUGUCAAAAUAUCAGCCUGCGCUUGGUAGGAUUUUGUUGGGCUGAUUUGUGUUUGACUUUUGCCCUGCUGCUAUACAAAUCAAAUGCAAUCUUUUGAGCAA